ACAGCAGUCUGCUUCUUUUUUCUUCAAUGUACAGCACGGAUGCUAAAAUAAUAUUUAAUUUUUGAGUCGCCAAAUAACAAAAUCUCUGCUAUUUCGAGGAUUCUGAACGCGAUUUUAGUUUCGUAAAUUAGAUAAAUACCAGUAUACUAUUAUUUGAGUGUACAAUGGCAACGCCAACGCAUGAGUUCAAAGUGGAAAUGACUUGCACCGGCUGCUCUGGGGCAGUGGAAAGGGUCCUUGGCAAGUUGAAAGAAAAAGUCGAGAAAGUUGAUAUUGAUCUGGACAACAAAAAAGUUUUCGUUACCUCAAAACUAACGUCGGAAGAAUUGCUUGAAACUAUCAAGAAAACAGGCAAAGAGGUGUCCUAUGUUGGAGUAAAAUAGGAACUUUAAUUCUAUUUGAACUCAGGGAUGUUCGCGAUUCAUUAUUUUAUUUACACGUUAGCUUGAUUUCUAGCAUAAGGUAAAUAAGCAUAACUAUUUGUAAUAGUACACGUUUUUAAUUCAUUAAUUAAAUAAAGCCGUAAACUAAUCAGUGUCUCAAAUA